AUGAAAAGAGGAAGUUAUAGUAAAGAAGACUUAAUAAAAGCUGUUAAUGAUUAUAAAAACGGUUUUACAUCAUCUGCAGUAGCUGAAAAAUAUAGUAUUCCACGUAGUACAAUACGAAAGCACAGCUAUAAUCCUGAACUGAAAAUUGGUGGUGGACAUCCAAUGUUGUUAUUAAAUGAACAAGAACAGUACCUGGUACAACUUUUUAAAAAUCUCGAACAAAUUGGUGUUCGAUUGACAAAGAAAGUAGCUUUGGACUUAUCAUCCGACUAUGUUAGACUUGUAACAGGUAGUAUGUCCAACAGUUGCUAUGAGAAGCUCGAAGAAAUUCUUCAAAAACAUAAUUUAAUAACACGCCCACAUGCUAUUUUUAAUUGUGAUGAAAACGGCUUUGGUGACGAAACCGUAUGUGAAUUAAUCAUUGUUUCUCACAAAACAAAACAUGUAUAUGAACAAUCAGGUGAUAGUGGAAAAAGCUUUACUACUGGAUUAAUAUGUGGCAAUGCAGCCGGUAAAAUAUUACCACCGUUUAUCAUAUAUGCCGCAAAGAAUCUUAACUACCAGUGGACUCUGGAUGGACCAAAAAAUAGUCAAUAUGCUGUGUCUGAUUCCGGUUGGAUAACAAAAUCAUUAUUUUGUGAAUGGUUCAAAUGUGUUGCAAAACAAUGUUGGAAAAAAAUUGUUUCUAGAUAUUUCUAUCGAAGUGGACGUAAAACAAUCCGCAAACAGGAUCUACCUUCAUUAUUUAAUAAACUUUAUGCAUCAGCAUUUUCACCAAAGCAGGUACUUGCUGGUUUCACACGUUUUGGUGUGUGGCCAUUCAACUCUCCUGCAGUGAAGGAGAAAGUAGUAAAACAGCCGUUAGGAACAAAGCAGAUUAAUCACCCAACAUCAACAUCAAAUUCAGAAAGUUUUCCAACAUCUUCAACACUACCUGCUUCUGCUGCUCAUAAUAUGAUUUCAGAUUCAACAUCAUCAUAUGUGAAUGAUCAACACACACAAGUGAUGACACUGAAUAUUAGUAAUAAUAAUGAAAAUUUAAAUUAUUUAUCAAAUCCUAACUCCUCGUUUGAUACGAUACCAACAGCAUCACAAAAUAAUAUGUCAUUUUCAAAAAAUUUUUCUUCGUCUUCUUUAUCUAAUCAGAUAACAAACAUUCCACCACUACCAAGUACAAAUCAAAGCUUCAAUAUAUCAUAUACAUCAUCUUUGAAUGCUUACGACUUACUUCAAUUUCCAUCAUUCAUUCCCGAUAUAUACUUAAAUACAAAUUCAUCAAGUCAUUCUAAUUUGUCUUUUAAUAAAUCAAAUAGUACAACUUCAUUACCACAUUUAAACAUCGGAUAUGAACCACGUGGCUUUUCAGCAAUAGCAAACAGAAAUUAUCAUCAUCCAAAUAAGCGGCCAUAUAUGUCAAUGAUCGAUUUUGAAGAAGAUGGUAAUAAAAUGAGUUUAAUUACACCUAUACCUUUUUCUUCAUUAGAUAAUGAAACAACACGAACUUAUACUGAAUUAACGACAGUCAAUAAAACAAAUUAUCCUCAGCUACCGAACUUUAUACAAACAGAUCAACUCAACAAUAACAAAGAAAACAAUGAUUCGACUUCUUCAAACCGAUUAAGUCCUUCAAUAGCUGUACGCGCGACAGUCACAAACUUGUUCCAACAAACCGUUCUAACAUCAUUAUCAUCUGCAAAGCCAAAUAAACGUAUACGAACAGAAGGAAAAUAUGGAGAAGAAAUAACAUCUAGUAAUAAACUGAAUGAAUUAAAAGAAAAGGCAUCUAAAUCAAAUGCAAAAAAACGAACAACUGCAUCAACAGCUCGAACCAGUACAACGUUCACUUCGUCUAAUGACACUGAUUCAGUAGCAACAAAGAAAGUGCAUAGAUCAACAAAACGUUCCAGUGAAUCAACUAUUGCAUCUCAAGGAACACAUAGUAAUUUUUCUCUUGAAGCGUGA